ACCUUCCAAAACCUCCAGCCCAGCACCACCUACAGAGUCAAAGUGGAGCCUCUUCUGCCUCAGGAAGCCUUGGUGCCCCCUCAGGGGGGGCUGCAGGAGAAAGCCAGAGAAAUGACGUUUACGACACCAUCAGCAGGACCACCUCACGCUCCCCUUGACGUCCAAGUAGAAGCCGGUUCUUCUGCAGACUCUCUGGUGAUCAGCUGGUUUCCGGAAACCAUCCAUCCAUCAGGAUCAUCAAAUGGGGUCCAAGUCACAGGCUACGCCAUUUAUUUCAGCGGACAGAAAGUGACUGAGAUCAUGUCGCCAACGGCUGGGAGCGUCUCAUUGGAAGUUUCCCAAAUAAAGGCGUCCCAAGGGCCCCAGGCAGUGACU